AUGUCCGACUCCCCCCAAUCCAAUCCAAAGGAUGUCGAGCAAGGUGCACCGUCGGGUGACGAGGAAGCACAAAUGAACGACCCUCAGGACCCACACUCGACCGGGCUCGGCUACGAGUUCGAGGUUAAAGAGCAAGAUCGGUGGUUACCCAUAGCCAAUGACAACACGCGCGCGCGCGCCAACGGCCGCCGCUCCACGUUCAUGUCUGGCCGCUUGUCGCCCGGGUCGUCGCCGCAGGCGCCUCGCGCUUCCUCGUCGUCGUCCAAGGCGGACAAGGCUGAUGUCUACGAUGCUAACAUUCGCAACUUUGCUCCAGUGGCCCGUAUUAUGAAGACGGCCCUCCCCGAGAACGCCAAGAUUGCCAAAGAAGCCAAGGAGUGCAUGCAAGAAUGCGUCAGCGAGUUCAUCUCCUUCAUUACGAGUGAAGCGUCAGAGAAGUGCCAGCAGGAAAAGAGGAAAACCGUCAAUGGCGAGGACAUCCUAUUUGCCAUGAGCUCUCUCGGCUUCGAGAACUAUGCCGAGGCGCUCAAGAUUUACCUCUCCAAGUACCGGGAGCAGCAGUCCCAAUCCAACCGGGGCGAAAACCAACCGAACCGGCCCAGCAGCCAAGGCUACGGCGCCGCCGGCGGCUCGAACCCCGCGGGCGGCUUCUCCGGCCUCCCCGGCCAGCAGGAGGGCGGAGACCCGCAGGCCUACAACCUCUACGGCGCGCAGCCUGGCCACAACGGCGCCGGGGCCGACUAUUGA